CGCGUUGCGGUACCGGAGGCAGGAAGCGGUGGUUAGUUGGCGGUGAGUGGGCAGCGAUGACCAGGCCGCAGCACUCGGAGGGUAUCGGCAGGGAUGAGCAUGUGAGGGUCACGUCUCACAGGAAACCAGGCUUCCUGGAUCGUCUUAGUGAGACCACUGGGGGGAUGCUGAUGGGACUGGUGGCUUUUAUUCUCUCCUUCUACCUCCUCUUCACCAACGAAGGAAGAUGUGUCAGAACCCAGAGGUCCCUGGAUGAGGGCCUUUCGCUUGUCGUUUCCUUGAGUGACAUCUACAGUCCAAUGCCACACAAUAACCGAAAACUUGUGCACCUGUCCGGACCUCUUAUGACAAUGCAGCCCCUUUACGAUCCAAACUAUGGCAUCUCGCUGCACGUGGUGAAGCUACAACGACGAGUGGAGAUGUACCAGUGGGUGGAGUUUGAAGACUCGAGGGAAUACGAAGAGGGCGGUGAAAAGAAGACCGAGACCAGAUAUUCAUACAGUACUGAGUGGAGAUCCGAGGUUGUCAACAGUAGGAACUUUGAUCGGGAAAUUGGACACAAAAAUCCGAGUUCCAUGGCUGUUGAAUCAUUCACGGUGGUGGCUCCGUCUGUUGACCUGGGAAACUUCCACCUCUCUAAAGGACUAAUUGAGAAAGUCCAGACCUUUAAGAGGAUUCCAUUGUCCAAGUUUGAGCCGCCCCAUGCCGACAUUAUUGUGCUGGAUGAUUACUUCUACCAUAGCAGCAGCCCCAGGAGCCCAGAGGUUGGGGACGUGCGUGUGUCCUUCUAUUACGCAGGGCUGAGCGGUCAGCGGUUCUUCCUUGGACGUCCGGAUGUGGUGACCAUUGUGGCUCAUCAGGAGACCAACAUGCUGGGUGCGUACCAGACCAAGGCGGGGAACAUUCUAGAACUAUUGUACGAGGAGCAACUCUCGGCAACGGAAGUGUUUGAGAGGGAGCACGCUGCCAACGCUGCCCUGACCUGGGCUCUGCGCUUUGCCGGCUGGCUGCUCAUGUUUGUCGGCAUCAAGCUGAUGACACGGAUCCUUUACACUAUCGUGGACUGGGUACCCAUCCUCCGUGACGUGGUGAGCAUGGGUCUGACAGUAUUUGCGCUCUCCGUGGCCACUUCCCUGACCCUGCUGACGGUGGCCGUGGGCUGGAUCUUCUAUCGGCCCUUGCUGGCCGUACUGUUGGUGCUCCUGGCCACUCUGCCCAUCCUGAUGGCGAAGAUCCGAGACCGGCCCAAGAUGCUGUGAGCCCAGAGAGCGGAGAGGGUGAGCCGCUGCCGUCCCCUCCCUCACUGGACGAUCCCAGUAAACAGUGUCACUGCAGAAACCCUGCAACAAAUCUGACGGCCUGUAGCCUGUUCCCUGAGCUCCAAUUCAGUGCGAUGCCAGGGCUUGAGAUGUCAGCAAUGGACUCUGUUGACUGGGACCAGUCUCCUGCUGGUGCCCACGCACAGCCCAGCAGGUUGCUUCUCCUUAAGCCCAUCAGCUCUCCUGGGGCGUAGGCUGCCAACAGAGGCCCACCCGAGUCCUCUGUCAGAUUGUCUGCAGGUACAGUGAAGACCUUUCCUCUCCCGGCGGUGAGGUGGUUGGAGCUUCAGUUGCCGUUCCUGUUUUUCAGGGGAUGGGGUUGCUUGCCCCGUGCCUGACCCUUCUCAUUUUGCAGCCGGGUUUGGGACCGUCCAUGUCAGAGUUUACAGAGAAUCUGGUACCGUUUGAUUCCAGUUCCAGUUCUGCUUGGGGUGGGGUGGGGUUGUGAUAUCUUCUAGGCAACUUUCUUAAUAAAAAUAUUGAAUCCAUUGUUGGUGAUGCAGACUAUCACCGCAGGUAAGCUGCAUUCAAGAUCUGAUGGUGGAUUACACCAGCUUCCAUUGCUUCUUGUCACAGACUGUGGCAGAUCUGGGGGGAGCCGGGUGGGGGUUGGCCCCCUCUCACCUGGUUUCCAGUGAUAUUCAUUGCAGAGUGUUCGGUAAAUUGGCAAAUAAUUUUAUUACUGUUUUACUAUGAUGGUUCAUCCAUGUCAGAGGUAGGAAUUUUACACAGAUUCAAGACACUAGAUUGUUUAUUGUCAUUUCCAGUACGCAGGUGUAAAGGAGGACGACGCAGUUGUUAGUCCGGGUCCAAUGCAGCACAAAAUACCCACAAUAUAAAACAUAAAAAUAUCUUAAAUAUAAAUAAACAUUGUAAA